AUGGCCACCUAUUUCACGCUCAACACCGGGGCUCGCAUCCCCUCGGUAGGGCUCGGCACCUACAAGGCUGGCCCCGGCGUCGUCGCCGACGCGAUCACCGCCGCCGUCAAGGCCGGGUACCGGCACAUCGACUGCGCGCCGCUAUACAAGAACGAGAAGGAGAUUGGCGUUGCUCUGAACAAGCUCUUUGAUGACGGCGUCGUCAAGCGACAAGACCUUUUCAUCACUUCAAAGAUAUGGUGCAGCGAUCUCGCGCCUGAGGACGUUCCGUUGGCAAUCGACAGCACUCUGAAUGAUCUGCAGCUGGAUUAUCUUGACCUGUACCUGAUUCAUUGGCCCUUUCAGAUCAAGAAAGGCAGCGAACUCAGUCCAGAAAACUUUGUCCAGCUUGAUAUGCCCAAGACCUGGCAGGCAAUGGAGAAGCUGUACGGUUCAGGCAAAGCUCGCGCAGUAGGUGUCAGCAAUUUUUCGACCAAGAAGCUCGCCGAUUUGCUUGCCGUAGCCCGUGUUCCUCCAGCUGUUGAUCAGGUGGAGUGCCACCCCGGCUGGCAACAGGCGAAACUCAGAGCGUUCUGCCGCUCCAAUGGAGUUCAUUUCUCUGCAUACGCGCCGCUAGGCAGGAUGAAAGCCGUUGCGAGUAACCCGGUGGUUGCAUCCAUAGCCGAGAGAUUGGGGAAAACGCCGGCACAGAUUGCUCUGCGAUGGGGUAUCCAGCAGGGUCAGAGCGUGCUUCCCAAAAGUGCUAAUGAGUCAAGGUUGAAGGAGAACAUUGACCUGUUUGGUUGGUCCAUUCCUGAAGAGCUGUGUGCCAAGUUUUCUGAAAUUGAACAGAUUAAGCAAAUCAGAAAUGAUGCAUUUGUGCACCCUAAGAGUAUUUACAAAACAAUUGACGAACUCUGGGAUGGUGAGAUCUAA